AUGGAACCACCGACGACGACUCCUAAAUUUAAUCAAUCCAAGAAAAAUAAGCCACGAAAGAAAGCAACACAUUGCUCAACGACACAUUGCCCAAGUAAUACUGUUGCAAUGCCCAUUGCCGAACAGAUCGACGAUGAGAGGAAAAUAAGCAUGAAAAUGAUAUGUCCCUACUGCGAUGUCGUCUUUAUCAUUGCAGUUCUAAUUUCCAUUGCCGCCUUGGUCAUGUCAUUGUUGCAAGCGAUUUACGGAGUCUUGGCGGUGAUGGUAUUCAUUAUUACGCUAGCGAAUUGCUUUUUCCAUUCGAAAACGAAACGACUUGGAAUGAUACUGGCCGGAAUAUUAGAGUUUUCAAUGGGUGGAAUAUGUGUUCUUCGUCUGUUGCAUAUUGAGGACCAAUGUGAUCCAGAUACCAUUCGGUAUUUGCCAUGCUCCAUGUUGACCUUGGCAAUAACCGCUGGCUUGUGGAUGUUAUCCGGACUCCUGAUUCUGUACUUUGUGUACAGCGGUCGAGUUGGUGAAUACAUUAAAGAGGGCUUGGACAUUGAAGCUGUGGCAACUCCUUUGGGGUGUGUGGAAGAGCCGCUGGACCAGCCACCACAUGAUUUAGAACAAGGAGAUCAUGCCAGGGGCGACCCCGAUGGAAGCGAAAACGACGGUGACGAGGACCAAGGCAACAACCGUGAUAGAAGCACGGAAUUGGCUCCGGCAUCCGCAACAAUAUGCAUCAUUCCCGAUGACGAUUCAAAUGAAAUGUCAGCGGAAAGAAAGGAGAAACUGGAACAAAGUGUUCCAAUAACUCCGGCUAGACCUUUGGAAAGUUCGGAAAGAAGCACCGUUUCGUAUUUGCCAAACGGCAUCCGUGAAAGGAAUGAUGACGAGUAUGAUUGA